AUGGCUCGCUUCCGAGCAAUGGCCAGCUACCCCUUCCGAAUCCUCGCCUCCGGUGCCUCAUGUGUCAAAAGCAUCCUCCAAGGCAUCUGGGAUCUCUUCCCUUGGUCCCAGUUGAAGCGGAUGGAGCGAGAGGACGAGCGACUGCAGCUGGCGCACAACAAGUUCUUCGUCGACCGCAUCCUCAGACCGGCUGCCGCUGCACCCAUCAGCACAGUCGUGGAGGAACCGCUCUCGGAAAGUACCAGCCCCCUCUUCAGUCGAAUCCCACCCGAGGUCCGCCGCGAUAUCUUGCUGUAUGCCUUUGGCGAGCACACGCUGCACAUGGACCUGGGAUUCCACGCCCCGCCCAAGCACGUCGACGAAGAGCCUACUGAUCCUGGUAAUACCGCCCAUGCGGGGAUUGAAUCUCAGGAGUUCAUCUCUUUCGGCGACAGAGACGGACAGUGGAGAUGGGGCGGCUGCAUUUGCCAUCGCUCUCCGCCAGAAGAAGACCCGCUGUCGUUGGGCAGGCUUCGAUGCGAUCCUCUCGUACCUACGAGAGAGUCUUAUUAUUCCGACGGGUGCCUGGCUGGCGAGGCCUCUUGUCCGCACUGGCCAGGACAGUGGCCCGUCAAAUGCCAGAUCGGAAUAAUGGGCUGGCUUUUAAGUUGCCGCCAAGCGUAUCUGGAGGGAAUGGAGGCCCUGUACGGAAUGAACACGAUACAGGUCUCGUGCAAGCUUCUCCUUCGUGGCUUCCCGGAGCUGAUCUCAUCGAAUGUCAUGUCGCAUAUAACGUCGCUCAAGCUUGUCAUAAACCCGCAGAAGCUGCCGCUUAGGCAUGUGUUCAUUGGCCACUUUGAUCGAUCUCGCGCUCGGCAGCUGACGCCCCAAAAAGCGCUUUUCCCAUUGCUGUCUCAUCUCCACAUAUGGCUCAGCGGCCCGGAAUAUGAACUUCUUGGUCUGGCCGAUGCUGAUGCCCUUGAGGCUGCAAGUCACAAUCCAAGGGAUAUAUACUCACCACCGGACUUGGAUGUUAUGAUCAUCAGGCUUGCACCGGCUACAACAAACGUGACUGUCACCUGCCCGUUCUCUCUGUGGUACAGGUCAGUUGAGGCGGAUCACAUCAACAGUCAGGGGAAAGAGUGGACACAGGAGCGAGGCUCGGAAUAUGGAGGCGUGGAGUUCUGGCGUCAGAUGCCUGUUGGUGGGCAACUGCCCAAGACGACUGAGGAAUGGCAGGCGGCCAAGAAGAACGGGCGAGGAUAUUGGAUCCAUCUUGGUCUAGUAUAUGAUAUCCGUCAUCAAGUUCAUGAAGUAGACGAUGACGACUGA